UUGGAAUACAUACAUAUCGUAGGUAGUAGCCUAUUACCAGGUAUUAUCAGGUAUUUCUCAAGGAUGAAAAUUCUAUGGAAAUUCUGUCGGCAUCCUACGACUAUGUUUGACCUUUUGUCAAGAAGUAGUGUUUCCUCCAAUAAAGUGAAAAAACUAAUGAAAUAGUGCAUUCUGUUGAUAUUGGAUAGAUAUAAAAGUAAGAAAGAUGGAUGUAAAAGCUGAUAAGCCACAGUUACGAUUUGAAUUGCCACCCAUUUGGCCUGAUAUUAGAGCUGAAUUAAGGGAGCAUAUAGAAUGUUUAGAUAAUCUUCCAAUAUACCAUCUAAACAAUACACAAUGUUACUGGCCAAGGAAACCUGAUAUUUUAUCUCUUUUGGAUUGUGACUUAGCACCACUUGGUACUAUAUUAAAAUUUGAUCGUGAUCCUGUUACUGGGAAACUUGGGGAGAUGCAUGAGGUAACUUCAAAAUCAGCAGGUGAAACUGCACGAAAUUCUAUGUCUAUGACUCGUGCACCAGGUCCAGCUAGUGAUAAUAUCAGAGGAAAUACUAGUAAUAUUCCAUUCUGGCCUGGUGGUUUUGAUGAACCUGAGAUAAUAAUGAAUCCGUCACUGGAGGAAAUAGACUUUGAAAACAAUUUAAGAACCUUGGCAAAAGGAUUUAGUGCAGGCGUAGAAUUUAAAAGUGACAAUUGUACUCCAAAAGAAAAUACAGCAACUGCCACAGAGCAGGAACCAUCAGAAUUAGAGGAAAAAAAUGAAAUUGAAAGAAUAGCAGAUAAGAUCAAUUUAAUGGACAUCAUAAAGGAAGAACAAGAUGAAUUUGACUUUUGGAAGUCAGAAACAAAAGAAACAAAAGAAACAAAAGAAGAAACUAAAAUAAAAACUUCAGAUAUAGAACAAGCAGCAUUUGAUGAAAUUGCUUCGUUCUUAGAGGAAGCAGAUAUUCCUAUCUUAAAUAUUUCAAAAAAACCUGUGGAAACUGCAAAGUCAAAAUGGGCAGAACAAAUAGAUGUGUCUGUUCCAAUAACUGAUUUUGAAAAACGUAUUCCUGAACUAGCGAUGAGUUUUCCAUAUGAGUUAGAUACUUUUCAGAAACAAGCUAUUCUUAAAUUAGAAGAAGGCUGUAAUGUAUUUGUGGCCGCACACACGUCGGCUGGGAAAACAACAGUAGCAGAAUAUGCUAUUGCAUUAAGUCAGAAACAUAUGACAAAAGUUAUUUAUACAUCUCCCAUAAAAGCGCUUUCAAACCAAAAAUAUCGCGAUCUUAAACGAAAGUUUGGCAGUGUGGGAUUGUUAACAGGAGAUUUACAAAUUAACCCCAAUGCUUCGUGUCUUAUUAUAACCACGGAAAUUUUACAAUCUAUGUUAUACUGUGCAUCAGAAGUUUUAAGGGAUUUAGAAUUUGUUAUAUUUGACGAAGUGCACUACAUCAAUAACGACGAACGUGGUCAUGUUUGGGAAGAAAGCGUGAUCCUUUUGCCACAAACAGUUACUCUAGUAAUGUUGUCUGCAACUGUGCCCAAUCCUUUAAUAUUUGCUGAUUGGGUUGGCCGUACUAAAAAGAAAAAGACAUAUGUAAUAAGCACAUUAAAACGACCUGUACCGCUCCAACAUUAUUUAUACACUGGAACUGAUGGUAAAACUAAGGACAACAAAUUUUUAGUGUUGGAUGAAAGUGGUCAUUUUCUAUUAGAUGGGUGGUACAAUGCAACAACUACGCAAAAUCCGAAAAAUCAAAGUAAUAAAAAUGCUAAAGAUGUUAAAAGGAUGCCAAUGCAACGACAGAUGACUCCAAAACAGGAACAAGUAUUGUGGAAUGCUUUUAUAAGUCAUUUAAGAACUCAGAACAUGUUGCCUGUUGUUGUCUUUAUGUUAUCACGAAAGAGAUGCGAUAUGAGCGCUGUAUUAUUAAGAAACGUAGACCUUACAACCGAGACUGAAAAGCACACUAUUCGAACUUUCUUUCAAAAUAACAUUCGGCAUUUAAAAGGCACCGAUAGACAAUUGCCGCAAGUGCUUAUGAUGCAAGAAUUAUUAGAAAGUGGAAUUGGUAUCCAUCACAGUGGUAUAUUACCUAUUUUGAAAGAAAUAGUGGAAAUGUUAUUUCAAACUGGAGUUGUAAAAUUACUAUUUGCAACAGAAACAUUUGCAAUGGGUGUAAAUAUGCCAGCACGCACUGUGGUUUUCGAUUCUAUAAAAAAAUAUGACGGUACUAAUUUUCGAAUACUUUGUCCUUCUGAAUAUGUACAAAUGGCUGGUCGAGCUGGUCGUAGAGGUCAUGAUACAGCUGGAAUGGUUAUAGUCAUGUGUCGAACAUUGGUGCCACAUUUUAACGAGUUACAAAAUAUGAUGUGUGGUCAAGCUCAGAACUUAGAAUCUAAAUUUAAAGUAACAUAUUCUAUGGUUCUAAAUCUGAGAAGGCUAAAUGAGUCAGUAACAGUUGAAGCAAUGAUGCGAAGAUCUUUUAAAGAAUCACCAGUAGUUAAAAACCAAAAUAAUUACAAGAUACAAUUGCAGAAAUUGGAAAAUAAACUAUCAAAAUUGCCACCAUUAACAGAUCUACAGAAGAACUUAUCUGACUUUUAUCGACUAGCUGUUGAGUAUCUAGAAUAUCUUAAGUAUCUGAAAUCCUAUUUUUAUGAGACUCAGAAAAAAGCAAUAAAAUGUUUAACAGUUGGUAGAGUAUUGUUGAUAUCAUAUGAAAGCCAUUAUAAUAAAUUAGCUAUAUUACUGAGCACUGUUCAAAGUAAAGGUAGUAGACAAUACAGGGUAUUAGUCCUUAAAAAUUCUGAUGCAACAAAUUCUGUCAAGGAAACAUCAUUGAAAGAAAAAAGCGAGAAAGCUAAGAAAUCCGAUAAAUGGUACGAUAUUGUUGCUUUAACGAAAAAGGAAAUAUUUGUACCAGUUGGAAUUCCAUUAGAUGAAGUGUUAACUAUAGCUGCAUGGAAUAUAUUGGAAAUAACAAAUUGUGAAAUUAAAAUAGAUUAUAACUUGGUUUUGGCGAAUUGGGAAAAAAGACAAAUAUCAAGAUUUAGAAAUGAGCCUCCCAGUCAGACUAUGCAAACAGCUAUAGAAGAAUUAAUGACAUUAUCUCUUAAAGCUUAUCGCGAUACUUCUGUUCUACAACCAUAUCUGCAAAUGAGAAUGAACUAUGAUAUCGAUAUGAAAUUAAAUCAUUUAUGCGAAUUAGAGAAAGCUAUGUAUGAUAUUAAUUGUACAGAGAUAGUAAAUUUCGAAGAGCACUUUGAAGUUGUAUACGAACGAAGUGAAUUAGAAAGCGAAAGGAAUAAACUACAAUUGAAACUUAGCGAUGAAGGAUUAAGCUUGUAUCCAGAAUAUACAAAUGCUGUUGCACUUCUUAAAGAUUUGGGAUAUAUAGAUAAUGACGAAAGAGUUGCAUUAAAAGGUCGUGUUGCUUUACAAAUGGGAAAUAACGAAUUACUAAUCACCGAACUCAUUCUGAGAAAUGUGUUAACUGUACGUCAACCAGCUGAAAUAGCAGCAUUGUUGUCUGCUUUAAUAUUCCAACAACGAACUGAUAUUGAACCAAAUUUAACGCCAGAAUUAAAGAAGAAUUGCCUUAUAAUAAAACAAAUACAUGCCGAAUUAGAAGCUUUAGAACAACAUUAUCAGUUAGUAACGCUGCAACCACUAAACUUUGGUUUAGUAGAGGUAGUUUAUGACUGGGCACAAGCAAAGUCAUUCGCCGAGAUUAUGGAGAAAACGGAUGUACAAGAGGGGAUCAUAGUACGAUGUAUACAACAACUAAGUGAAACAUUACGAGAUGUAAAAAAUGCAGCCAUUACUAUAGGUGAUCCCGUUUUAAAGGAAAAAAUGGAAGAAGCCUCUACAGUCAUUAAAAGGGAUAUUGUUUUUACUGCAUCCUUGUAUACUCAAAAUUAAUCGAUUAACAAACCCAUGUAUAAUAAUUUAUUUAAAUGUGUAAAUGUGCAGAAUAUUUUCUACUUUGAUCAAUGAGAUAUAUGUAUAUUUUUAUAAUUUAUACACCGUUUAUGAAUCAUAUGCUGUUCAAAAAAUGUACAGUAUGACAUUUCUUUACCAUAGAUGUAAAGUACUAAAAUUCAGUUUAGUCUGAAAAUUAUAUUUCUUUAUGUAUAGAUAUAUGAUAAGAGUACAAAGUAAAUGAAUAAAAUUGUUAUUAAUAUUGAA